AUUUUCCUUUCUUUCAUUUUUUUUUUCUGUUUCUGUUCAUAAAAAUUUGUAAUGUACUCGCACUAAGACAGACAACAAAAAUAACCUACAACCUUGUGAUCUAUGCACCCACAAAAGCAACAACAAGAGAGAGCAAAACCCUGAAAACGACGGCACUUGUUUAUUUUACUGCCCCAGGUUCUUCUUAUACAUAUUGUUUAUAUCGCGCUCGUCGCUAAACGCGCCGUUUAGUUUGAUUUGAGCUGCAAGUGCAAGCGGGCGAGUCAAGCGUCAAGUAUCGAGUAUCGAGCGAGAACCGUGAAUUAAGCGAAAGUUAUUUGUUGAGCAACGAUCACACAUUUCCAAAACCAAACCGCCGAUAGAAACUGUGCGCCUUUAUGUAUUCAACAGUGGCAUGCAUUUGUAUCUCGAAGACUUAUUGCAAAUGCAGCUAUACAAGAUUUAUGACAACAUGCAACGUUAUAACAACAACACCAAUAACAACCAAAACAACAACAAUCAAAACAACAACCAAAACAACACCAAUAACGGCAACAACAGCAACAGCAAACGCUGCGCACAGAAAUACGCCAAUGGCAACUUAGCAACGGCUGCUGGCCAUGGCCCAGCAGCAGCAGCAGCAGCAACAACAACUGCAAGCAAUAAUUACCAGCAGCAGCAGCAGCAGCAAAGCAACGGUAACAACAGCAAAGCGACACGCAAGUCGCGCUACAACAACAAGCGUCAGGAUGUGCAAGGAGCCGCCGCCGCCGCCUACAACAUGCAGAAGCGCACAAAUGCCGCUGGCAACGAUUCGUCCUGGCACCGUUUUGUCACUUCUUCAUGCAUCGAAGAGAAAUAUCUGGGCCAACACAAUCCCGGACAUCGCAACAGCACCAGCAGCGAGGCGACCAGCGAGGACAUCAACUCGAGCGACGAGCACCUGAACCUGAAGCCCAAAUGCCGGCCGGCCAACAACAAUGCCCAUGUCAAUGGCAAUGGCAAUGUCAAUGUCAAUGUCAAUGGCAAUGGCAAUGGCAAUGGCAAUGGCAACAAUGGUGCCGCCGGCUGCGGCAACAAGUCGCGCUCCAAGCGGCAGCAGAAGGCGCAGGCCAUGAAGCAGGCAUUGGCCAGACAGACGGGCCAGACGCAGACGCAGGCACAGGCGCAGGGGCAGGCCAUGCCCAUGAUGGAGCAGUGCGGCAAAGCGAAUGGCAAGUGCAAGCAAAGCAAGUGGCGCAACAACAACAACAACAGCAACAGCAGCAACAACAGCAGCGGCAGCAACAAUUGCAAUCAGAAGCGGGGCAGCAACAAUGGCAAAGCCAAGCAAAGCAAAUGCAACAACAAGCCGCACAAUGGCCACAACAACAACAGCAACAACAACAACAACAGCAACGACAACAACAACAACAGCAACAGCAACAGCAAUAGCAACAACAGCAACAUUUUGAGCAAGACAAAGUGCGGCGGCAACAGCUCGAACUCCUCGUCGGCGCUCAGCUCGCCGGGCAGCUCGCCGAACGGCAGCAGCUGCAGCAGCAUACGCAGCAGCAGCGGCAACAGCAGCGGCAGCGGCAGCAGCAGUGGCAGUGGCAGUGGCAGCGGAUGUGGCAGUGGCAGCAUCGGCAAACAUGCCCCAAACUCUGUCGCCGGCUGGCAGCGCGAGGAGCGGCAGCUGCACAAGGCGCAGCGGCAGAAUGUUAACUUUCUGGUGCCGCCGCUGCGGCAAUACGAGCGCCUGGACAUCGACGAUGGGGCGCUGCUGCGCCAGCUGCGUCGCUACCUGAUCGAUCAGAAUCUGUUGCGUGUCUAUGGGUUUCCGGUGGCCAGCGUGGUGCACGAUGGCGCCAUCGAGAUCUUCAAGUGCUUGCCGCACAUGAGCUUUGCCGCCGCCCAUGUGAUGGCCGUCACGGAGACGGCUCUAACGGUAAUCAAUUGCCACGACGGCCUGACACUGAACACCGGCAAUUUCGAGGAGCCCAACAACAUUGAGGCCAACGAGCAGCCACCUGGCGACGGCAGCAGCAGCAGCAGCAGCGGCAGCGAGAGCAGCGAGAGUCCAACGGCAACAUCAACAGAUUCGGGCAACAUAUCGCCACGCUCGCUAGACUCGGAGUCGGGCGGGGAGUGGAGCGGCAGCGAAUGCGAGUCGGCGCCAAGCGCCGAAAGCGGCUACGGCCUAGAGCUAUAUUGCAACUAUGCGCUCGUCGAGCGCAGCCUGGCCAAGCAGUGCGUCCGCUGCAAGCGGGACUUCCUGGUCGACGAGCUGAGCGGCCAGUAUUUGACGCGCGAGGAGUGCAGCUAUCAUUGGGGCAAGUAUCAUCGCUGCUACGAUGGCAGCGCCUGGAUCAGCCGCUGGACCUGCUGCAAUGCCAGCGAGGAGUCGGCCCUCGGCUGCACACGACACGAGCUGCACGUGUGGACGGGCUCGGUGGUGGGCGUGAAUGGACCCUAUCAUGAUUUUGUCCAUACACGACCGCGUGCCGCAUUAUCGGCGCGCAGCCGGGAACCGCCGGCCGUCUAUGCGCUCGACUGCGAGAUGAGCUAUACGGGCCGCGGCCUGGAUGUGACCAAGGUCUCGCUGGUGGCGCUCAACGGUCAGCUGGUGUAUGAGCAUUAUGUGCGACCCGAUGCCGAUAUUGUUGACUAUAAUACACGCUAUUCGGGCGUUACCGCCAAGGAUCUCAAGUCGAGCGGCGUCAAGACGCUCGCCGAGGUGCAGCGCGAUCUGCUGGAGCUGAUCGAUGCCGAUACCAUACUGAUCGGACACGGCCUGGACAAUGAUUUGCGCGCUCUGCGUCUCGUCCACAAUACGCUGAUCGAUACAUCUAUCGCGUUCCCGCACACCAGCGGCUUCCCCUAUCGCCGUGCCUUGCGACAUCUGACCAAAACGCAUCUCAAUCGCGAGAUCCAGUGCGGCGAUGGCGCCACCGGGCACAGCAGCUUCGAGGAUUCGCGCGCCUGCAUGGAGCUAAUGUUGUGGCGUGUCCGGCGCGAACUCAAUGCGAAUCCCACUAGCUGGGAUGAUUAGCGGGCGGCAACGGCGGUGGCGGUGGCGGCGGCGGCGACGGCGGCGGGUUCAACUCAUUUAGCUCCUGCCAAUAUCCUAUCAUCAGAACUGUGGGCGGGGCCACCAAGUACUUUUUAGUCUGUAAGACGUUGCUAGUUAUAGUUCAUUUUUGGGGCGUACCCGCACUGGUCGCCUCUUGUAUUUAAUCUCAGCCUAUGUUUGUUUUGUCCUCCUGCGGCCAGCGCUCUCACCCCUCACCGCGCACCCC